AUGGAGGAAACCCUACACCAAAGAGAGAUGAGAACCAGGAUGGAGUUUCUGCCGCAGCCAGUACCCAUGGAAAUAUUGACCGUGCUGAUGGCGGAUGUGCAGGAGUAUGUGAUGGCACACCGUCCACAGGAGGCACCGUCCUGGGCAGAAUCCAUUACUGCCUCCGUCUACAGCCAG